CACGUGUGUUUGGUGAGUGUUGCCAACUGAUGUUGCCAGUUUCAGGGAGAAUUCUCCGCAAUUUCCAGAGGCUGCGGCUCACUCAUUGCAACCGGGUGCAGGGCGAGACCAAAAGACAAAUGAAGUACAUUUUGGUGACUGGUGGCGUGAUAUCGGGGAUUGGAAAAGGUAUAAUUGCCAGCAGCAUUGGAACCAUCCUGAAGUCUUGUGGGCUACAUGUCACCUCAAUCAAAAUCGACCCGUACAUUAAUAUUGAUGCUGGAACAUUCUCCCCAUAUGAACAUGGUGAGGUGUUUGUGUUGGAUGACGGCGGUGAGGUAGAUUUGGAUCUGGGAAACUAUGAGCGGUUUCUAGACAUCCGUUUAACAAGAGACAACAACAUUACAACGGGGAAGAUCUACCAAUCGGUGAUUAACAAAGAAAGGAAAGGAGAUUAUCUGGGCAAAACCGUACAAGCUAGUGUCAUUAUUUUUAAAAAAGUUUUAACUGUCUUUUCUGUGCUUCCUUCAGGGAGGUUGUAUAAGGAUUGUGACUACAUUGAAGAACGUCACAGGCAUCGAUACGAGGUAAAUCCAGCAAUGAGAAAUAACUUUGAAGAAAAGGGAUUUCGUUUCGUUGGCCAGGAUGUGGAGGGAGAACGAAUGGAAAUAAUCGAACUAGACGAGCAUCCCUAUUUUGUUGGCGUCCAGUACCAUCCAGAAUUCACCUCCAGACCAAUGAAACCGUCGCCACCUUACUUGGGCCUGAUGUUGGCUGCUUCAGGAAAGCUUCAACGUUACUUGGAAAAGGGUUGCCGGCUGUCGCCCAGGGAUACCUACAGUGAUCAAAGUGGGAGCAGUUCACCUGAUUCUGAAAUUGUUGAUUUAAAACUGUCAGCCAUUCUAACACAGGAAUAAUAUUUGGUGUCGCUUCAUUCUACAGCUCUGAAUGGUUGGUGUAUGAACUACAACUUCCUGUUGAUUUCACAGUAUUACGUAUUUGGUCUGUUGGUCUCGUCCACACAGCACACUGCCUGAGAGCCAUCGUUUGUUUCAUUUCGUGUUACUUUGUGAGCGUCAGUGAAAAUCGUAUCCAUUUAUUAUAUAAAAGGAAUUACCUUUCGUUCAUGUCUCCUGACAUAAGCCUGCAUAGAUUUUAGAGUUAAGUUUUUGAAUCUUGGAUUUUUCUACAGUGACAUAAAAUCAAAGUAACGUAUUGUAAUGGAAUUAGCAAGGAUCAUGUGGCAUACAUUUGGGACAUCGCAAUGUAACACCAAUUGUUCAUUUUGAAAAGUUCCUAUCUCCCAACGUUCUUAUGUUUAUGGCAAACUGUACUUUUCUUUUGACACUACCUCUGCAAAAUGUCGUUUUAACAGUGUGCUACUUCAUUUUUAUUUAGACUCCUGUGUCUGAUUCAAGUUUCUCCUGAUGUUUUGUUUUCUUUUAUACCUCAGUAUGUUGCAGGUGUAGGGUUGGAAGGAUUGCAUUUUUCUGUUUAGUUUAUGCACUGUUAAACUCAGUGUGAAACUGGGACUGUAAAAGUUUAUUUCAUGUUGUUGAGAGAUGUAACUUCUUAUUUUUACACAAGGGUGGAAUUACUUGACUUUGUUUAGAAAAUGCAGUCACAUUAUUGCCAUAAAGAAUCAACAAUCAGGCUGUAAUUUGGGACUGUACUCUUUCAUGUUUCCAUUCAUUGCAAUCAAGUGAACUACAGCUGAUUUUUGUAGUUUGGGAGCAGAUUGUUUAAGAAGCAGCAGCAUAUUAACUUAGCAUUUCAGCCUUGUUCCAGCAAUUAAAUUUUAAUAAAUACCUAGGUUAGAACCAGCAUUGAAAGGGCUGUCUCAGAAGUUCCCCAGUUUAAAAAGGAGGUUGUAAUUCGCUAAGACUCACCCACAUAUUUUCCACAUCUCGAUGGAGUGAGAACUGCUUGCUUUACUCAGCAGCCAUAUUGGCAUUCACACACAGAAGUAAGAAUGAUCCCAUCGUCAUCUGGUUCCUGCUCGAGUUCUUGCUUUGGAUUCAGGGCUGGAACUGGAUGAAAAAUCACCAAAGAGUCGCACCAGAGACGUCACUUCAAGAGUAUGAUUAAAUGUUCCUCUUCGCCUUUAGAAUUGUUUUGAGACAUUGUUCCCAACUCAUUCCCAUGGACUUUAAGUCAGUUUAGAUGCAGCAUACUUGGCUUGACAGGGUAGAUGCUGAAAGGCGGUUUGCCCACGUUGACUAAGCUGGAAAUUAAAUGGGACGACCUCAGGAUAAGGAAUCGACAAUCUGGGACUAGAUGAGGUGAAAUUUCUUCUCCCAAAAAGUUUUCAAUCUUUGGAAUUCUCUGAGCAUCAUUAGAUCUCUAUGGUUGUCUCUGAACUUGUUCAAGACAAGGGUUGAUAGAUUUUUGGGAAUCAAGGGAUAUGGGGGAUAGUCCAUGAAGGUGGCAUUUUGUUCAAUCAGCCACUUGCUUACUGGAAGACACAGCAAACUUGGCUUCAGCUUGUAUUUCUUUGGUAACUUUAGAUUUUUUAUUUAUUCAUGGGAUGUGGGCAUUGCUGCCUGUUCCUAAUUGCCUAGAGGGCAGUUAAGUGUCAACCACAUUGCUGACAGUCUGGAGUCACGUAGAGACCAGACCCAGUAAGGAUGGCAAUUUCUGUCCCCAAAGGGCAUUCGUGAAUCAGAUAGGUUUUUCCAACAAUCAACACUGUCAUCAUUAUCCUCUUAGUUCUAGAUUCUUAAAAAUUGAUUACAAAUUUCACCAUCUGACGUGGUGGAAUUUGAACCUAGGUCCUCACUUCAGUGCCCAUAUCUCUGGCUUAAUAGUUCAGCAAUAAUACCCACCAGGCCAUCCCCUCCCCUGGAGUUUGAUGCUGGAGUAAUGGUGGUGACUAAUGACGAGGUUCAGCCUGAUACAAGAGUGGAAUUGUGAACAAGCUCAUUUACCUUGUUGAUGAUAACCAACAACCCAAACGAAUGGUAUCCGAGAAGCCCAAUCUUGAUCACCUUGGUUUAUUCUAAUUUGGGUAGAUGCAACACUUGGCAGCUUAAAACCAGCAAACUUAUGGCAAAACAGAAACAUAUUUUGUCCAUGGUUAGACCCCUUCCCUGGCACUUUAACACAAGAGUCUGAACCUAUCAAUGCAAAAUAUCCAUUUAACAGCAUGCAACAGGACAGGGUUUGUAUUUCCCCUCGCUCCGUGGUUAAUUAAACUUUAACCAAGUGGGAAGAGCCAUAGCUGGAGAGUGAAUUUUGUGGAGUGCAAGUGGGUAUUUAUCAUAACCCCAAGCUGUACCAAACUUGAAAUGAAACUGUGCCUGCUUUUAUAAUUCAUCAUGGAAAGAAACUCUUGAUUCAUAUAAUCUUGCAAUAAAGAUGAAUGGAAGUAUUA